ACGGCACGACGGCAGGCAGUCACCACGCCUUUCACUUUCGCAGUUUCGCACAAUUUUGUUUCCGUCCUUUACUGCCACCUACCGGCGGUGUCAGUAACUAAUUCUUCUGCGGAAAUUAUGGCGACGAGCAGGGCCCUUCUGUCUGUGCGAGCAUUCAGCUCUUCUGCUGCCUCCGGGCAGAUGGUGAAGGCCCCCAUCCAGGUCUUUGGACUUGAGGGUCGCUAUGCCACUGCCCUGUACUCGGCCGCCAGUAAGGAGAAGAAGUUGGACAUUGUCGAAAAGGAGCUCACUGGAUUCCAGAAUCAAAUGAAAGCUGAUGCCAGGCUGCGGGAGUUCAUCAAGACCCCUAUCAUCCAGCGGGGAGCCAAGAAGGAGGCCCUGACCAAGAUUGGUGCUGCUCUCAAGCUGUCCAGCCUGUCCACCAACCUUAUGACUCUUAUGGCCGAAAAUGGUCGUCUGAAGAGCCUUGGGUCUGUCAUUGGCUUGUUCAAAACUCUGAUGGCCGCUCACCGGGGCGAGGUCGCCUGCGAAGUCACAACAGCCAAGCCCCUUGAUGAGGCCACCAGGAAGGAGCUUGAAGGAGCCCUUAACGGAUUUCUCAAGAAGGGCCAGACUAUUCUGCUGACCACGAAAGUUGAUCCUGAACUCCUUGGAGGAAUGAUUGUCAGCAUUGGAGAUAAAUAUGUAGAUAUGAGCAUUGCCAGCAAGGUCAAGAAGAUGACAGAAGUGAUUUCAGCUGCUGUCUAAUUGUAUUCACUGUGAAAGUGCGAAGUAAAAUGAAUAAAAUUUUAGUUGUUUAGAUGUUACAAAAA